CUGAUGAAUAAAUUGAAUGGGCUGCAUGGUGGUGCAGUGGUUAGCACACGGUGGUUCCUGGUUUGAAUCCCUGUUGAUCAGGCCCCUCUCUGUGUGAAGUUUGCAUGUUCUCCCCGGGGAAGUGUUUCUCUCUGGGUACUCCGGCUUUCUCCCUCAGUCCAGAGACAUUAACACACCACUGUUAUAUUUUACAGAUAUGGAAGGAGGAGAAUCCAAACCACCCACACCUCCACCUUCUCCCUGUUUAAGACAGCCAUGGAGGACUCUGCCGACGAGCACUGAGGACAAUCUCAACUUCAUGAAAUCUUACCAACCUCGAAACAAAGAAGUCAAACAUCUCAGGAUUCUGCUUCAUGGACCGGUCGGUGCCGGCAAGUCCAGUUUCAUAAACUCUGUUGACAGUGUUUUGAGAGGCAUUGUUACAGAUCGAGCUUUGACGAAUGUGACCUCUGGGAAAAGCUUCACCCUAAAGUACAAAACAUACAAAAUCGAAAAAGAUCAAGAGAGCUUCUAUUCUAUUGUUUUCAACGACAUCAUGGGCCUUGAGAAAAACGCCGACAAUGGAGUCCAUGUGGAAGAUAUCAAACUGGCCCUGCGGGGACAUGUGAAGGAUGGUUACAAGGUACUCUCCUAAGACGUUCUCUUCUCUUUUUAAAGGGCCCUGUGGAGUUCACUUCAACAAGUGUUUUAAAUUAAUGCAAGCAGCACCCUCUGGUGUUCAGAACAGCAAUAACCUGCAGUUCCUCGAGUUUCCACCAGAGGCACGCUGCAAAAGCCCUGGGCCCAUAUCCAAAAAUAAUCUGAAAAUGCUCUAACACAGCUUCUAGUUUAUCUUAAAAGAUCCUAGCAAGGAAUCCUAGAUGAGGAGUGAUUUAGAAACACUCUCUGAGGCCCGCCUCAGCUCCUCUUCACCUCUAUUAUUGCUGCAUUAAUGAUGGAUUAUGGCCAACUUCAGAUAGGAGUGUUUCAAACCAUUGAUUAGAAUGAGUCUCACAUGUGCAAUGAGUUUUUUUUUUCCAUAAAUAAACAGAAUGAGGAUCAGCUCA